CCCGCAGUUCGUGACCUCAUUCGAGAGUACCACGACGUUUUCCCAUCGUCGUUCUCGUACACUGGCAUCCCACCGAUGCGCGACGUCGAGCACUCCAUCCAACUUGUGUCUGACUAUCGUGUUCACCACCAGGCAUCCUACAGACUCUCGAUCCCCGAGGCCACCGAACUCAAGCGUCGGCUUGAGGAGCUCAUGAGACUGGGUUUCAUUAAACCCAGCAACUCCCCGUGGGGUGCACCCGUCCUCUUUGCUAGCAAAGCGGAUGAAACUCUCCGUCUCUGCAUCGACUAUUGCGGGCUCAACCGCUACAUGGUUAAGAACAGCUACCUCAUGCCUCGUUCCGACGAGCUGUUCGACCGCCUAGCAGGCAACCGUUUCUUUACGAAGAUUGAUCUUCGUAGCGGUUACCAUCAGAUCCGCGUCACUGCAGCCAACCAGCCGAAGACAGCGUUCCGAUCGCGCUUCAGCCACUACGAGUUCAUUGUGAUGCCAUUCGGCCUCACCAACGCACCCGCUACCUUCCAUAGGGCGAUGAACGACAUCUUCAGGGACAUCCUGGAGCAGUACGUUCUCGUCUGCCUCGACGACAUCCUGGUCUACAGUCGUACCCUUGAGGAGCACCGCAGACACCUCUGCGACCUCCUUGACCGCUUGCGCAGACAUGACUUUUACGCCAAGCUGAGCAAGUGGCACUUUGCACAGCACAAAGUGGAUUUCUUAGGACACUACGUGUCUGACCAGGGUCUCCACAUGGACGGCGCGAAGAUCACUGCUAUCGCGGAGUGGCCCGUCCCCACAUCCGCCAAGCAGCUUCGCAGCUUCCUAGGCCUUACCAUCUACUAUAGUGAUUGUCCAAAAGCCUUCUAUUCCCGUCAGCUUCUGCCCGCCAAGAUAAACUACACUGCUGAUGAACGUGAGGUUCUCGCAGUAGUUUAUGCCACUCGGCACUGGCGUCACUACCUGCACGGGGCACCGUUCACGGUGCGUACGGACAACUCUGUUGUCCAAGCUUUUCUGACAAAACUGAAGCUCACUCCUCGACAGGCUCGCUGGUGGCGCAACCUAUCCGAGUUUAGUUUCACCACUGAGCACAUCAAGGGUGAGACUAAUCGGGUCGCAGAUGCCUUAUCCCGGCGCCCUGACCACGACCAGGAACAGAUCCAGCUCUCUUCCAUCUCGGUCACCACCGUCCACCACUCGGUGAUCGACGAGUUUCGCACUCAGUACCGUCACUGCCCUGACUAUCGCGACAUCCACACGACCCUUCGGAGUGGCAAGACCGUCCCGAACUACUCUCUCGGGGACAGUUAUCUUGUGUACUGGCAUGAUUCACAGGGCACCAGAGAGCCCCGUAUUUGCGUUCCCUCCACUGGACAACUACGUGUCCGAGCAGUAGCAGAGUUCUAUGACCAGGCAGCCGCUGGUCAUAUGGGCUUCCACAAGACGUUGGCUCGUGUGAGCCGCCUGUACGUCUGGCCGAAGCGCAAGGACUUUGUGAAGGAUUACGUCGCAGAGUGUCCCACCUGUCAGGAGGUGAACAGUGCGAACGACCUUCCUUAUGGUUUGCUCCAGCCUCUUCCUAUCCUAGAGGGUCGUUGGCAGUCCAUCUCGAUGGACUUUAUCGGUCCUCUUCGUCCUCCGAACCCCACCGGUCAUAAUGCUAUCCUGGUCGUCGUCGACGGUUUCAUGAAGCGUGCACGCUUUGUUCCGUGCCGCUAUGCCAUCAGUGCAUGUGAGGUCGCCGACAUCGUGUUUGACCGAGUCGUGCGUGACCACGGCUUACCUCUGAGCAUCAUAUCUGACCGUGACCCUCGUUUUACCAACCGAUUCUGGCGACGGCUCCACGAGGUGUACGACACUCAGCUCCGCUUCCCCUCNCCUCUGAGCAUCAUAUCUGACCGUGACCCUCGUUUUACCAACCGAUUCUGGCGACGGCUCCACGAGGUGUACGACACUCAGCUCCGCUUCCCCUCAUCUUACCAUCCUCAGACUGAUGGUCAGACCGAGAUCAUGAACAGGGCUCUCGGAGAUAUUCUCCGAAAGAUUGUUUGUGAUGACCAGCAGUGGAAUCUCCAUCUUGCCCACGCGGAGAUAGCCUACAACCACGCCGUCUCGCCAGCCAUGGGAUGUCGCCUUACUAUUGCGACCUCGGUUAUCACUCUUGUGUUCCCGCGGACUUCCUUUGACCGUCACAGAUGCACCCCGACACGAGUUGUCCUGUGCUGGAUGAUUGGGUUGCACAUAUGACGUCGAUCAUGAAAACCGCACAUGAGCACAUAACCGUUUCCCAGACUCGCAUGGCAGCACGUGCGA